AUGCCCAUCAAGAUCAGUAGUCUUCCUUCGCCCGCCGCGCUCGAGCAGUACGGUAUCACAGUCAACGGCUUCCUUCCUGCAGAGCCGCCUCUUCGAACAUUACCUCAUGCCUACUACCAGCCAUGGGAAAGCAUAAUGAAGGAUUUGCCAACGCUCUUGCGAUCCAGAUCCGUCCGUACGAGAGUCGACGCAUUGCCGAUCCUCGAUACUUCGCAUCUAUACAGCGAACCGGAAUGGCAACGAGCGUACUCGAUCCUCGCGAUAUUGACCCAAGCUUACGUCUGGCAAGGUCCGGAGCCAGCGCAGCGACUCCCACCAGCAAUCACCGUCGCCUUCCUCGCCACGGCAAAACACCUCGAAGUUCACCCAAUAGCCACCUACGCCGCUCUCAACCUCUGGAAUUGGACGCCCAACAAGCCCAACGCCGACUUCUCCUUCCCCGACGACUUGGAUUCGCUGCACACCCAAACAGGCACAUUCGACGAGUCGUGGUUCUUCAUCAUUUCCAACGCCAUGGAAGCAAGAGCAGGGCCGUUGAUCAAGAUGAUGGUGGAGGCCAUGGAAGCGGUGGAGCACGACGAUGUGGCGACGAUCGUGCUCAGCUUGGUGGGUCUGCGGCAGAGUAUUCUGGACAUUGGCCAAUUGUUGGAGCGGAUGGAUGAACGAUGUCGACCGCAGUUCUUUUACCACGAGAUCCGGCCGUUCCUGGCGGGAAGCAUGAACAUGGAAGCUGCCGGGUUGCCGCAUGGGGUGUUCUACGAUGAAGGCGACGGCAAAGGAUCUUGGAGAAAGUAUCGCGGUGGUAGCAAUGGACAGAGCUCCUUGCUCCAAUUCUUCGACGCGGUGCUUGGUGUCGAGCACACCAAGUGCGGCAACUUUCACCAGGAGAUGCGCGACUACAUGCCCGGACCGCAUGCGAGGUUCCUAGACGAUAUCGAGGCGGUGGCAAAUAUUCGCGGAUAUGUCGAUGCUCACCAGGAGAACGUCGAGCUGCGAAAUGCAUACAACGCUGCCGUAACGACGCUUAGUGGAUUCCGUGAUAAGCACAUCCAGCUGGUGACCAGAUAUAUCAUCCUUCCAAGUCGGAUGCCUCGAUUACCGAAGGAAGGCGCAGUGCAAAGCGAUCGCGUAGACAUUGCGUCGGUAUCCACAAAGAUGGCUUCCGGUGCACCGUCGACGCAGGAUUUAGUCGGAACAGGCGGGACAAAGUUGAUACCUUUCCUGAGGACAUCGCGGGACGAAACUCGGGACACAGCUGUCAGCUGAGUAGCUCUCACGAUAGCACGGCAAUUUGAAUUUGCCAUCAAAGUCCAGUGUUAUCGCCGAAAGAACCGCCCAUCUGGUCAUACAUCGGAAAGAGGGGAAUGUCUGCCAAGGAUGACCCGUCCAGAUUCUGCCUGCCAGGCUGAAGGAAGUCUUGAAGGCCCACGUCGCUCUCGUUGAGCCACGGUAGGGCAAAGAAGUCGGCGUCGUACAUAGUCCAGUCUUCAGGCACUGGAUUCAUGUUGAGCAUAUCCUGCUGUGGCGGCAUGGACGCUGCUGACAUGGCGUCGUUCGGUGCCAUGGAAACUG